AUGAAGUCGCUGCUUGUGACGCUCAAGAAGCGGAAACUGCAGCAUCCUGAGGCUCAGGUGAAGGAGGAGCAGCCAACCGAACCUGAUACCGUCGACGACGCCAAGCUCCCGAGCUUCCGCACCGUUUUCCAGCCCCAGCAACAGGAGAAUGAGGAGACGGGGGAACCUGUGCCGCCGGAGCUCAAAUGCAAGUACCGUACUGGCAAAUGCCACAAUGCGCGUGCGCUCAAGUCGUGCGGAGACUACCACAAUCUGUGCAACUACCACCGACUGCGCGCUAAUGCCAACCAGCGCAAACUGGACCGCAAGAAGAAGGAGCAGCGUCUGCAACAGCAACAGCUCACGGCCAGCGCGUCGUCCUCACCGCGCGCGCAGCCGCUCCUCGCUUCGUCACAUGCGGCCGCGGCGGCACUCGCGUCUCUCGUGGCUGCACGGCCUCAGCACCACUUUGACAUGUUGCAGCAGAGACCGCUCUUCGCCUCGGGCGCCACCGUGCAGGAGGUGGACAAGAACAAUAGGAAUAGAAGCACCCCCAACUGUGUCCGUCCCAAGCAGGAAGACGCCUGCAGUUAUUAG